UUUGUCAACGAAGCGCUACGACAUCAGACAGUUACGUCAGCAAACGUCGUGUUAGCUAGCUGUAAAGCAGAAUUUCAAAUUCUUUACCCACAAGUUAACGAAAAAGUUUUCACCAUUCCUCAUUCAACGCUUAGUGAUCACUUCUCGCAGCCUUACGACGACCCAAGGCAACGUUGGGAUCAAACCAGCGACCGUUAUUCAGGCACAAUAGCGCAGGACAGGAUCGUGAAAUCAAGCACCAUUGAGGGAGGCAGCAGCACCGGUGACACCAGUAUUGGCGGCAGCGGUUUACACCUUGCAAUAACGGCUCAUCAAACUGAUACUGAGCGUUUUAACGACAAUUCGUGUAACCGAGGAGGAGGAGGCGGCGGCGUUAGCGUCAGCUGCGGCGGCCAAUCCCCGCCCACACCAACGGUUGGUAAAACUCUGUUAAAUACAAGUCCCAAUCUUUUGCCGAUUACCACUGCGUCGGAUACUUUUAACAAUUUGAAAAAUUUAGUCAAGAUUGAUAAGGGUUCCAAUCCAACAAACGGUAACACCAAUAGUGGUGGUAGUAGUUAUCGCCCAAAAGGGAAUAACGUUGGUGGUUAUAAAAAUAACUCAAACCUUGCCCAUACAAUCGGUGUUUCUCCUACAUCUACAGACGAACGUGGUCUAAUUUCCGGUAACGGUAGCGGUUCAUCUGGUUCAGGAAUCGUUGCUGGAGGGCGUGCUGGAGCAGGAAGCUCUUCGGGAUAUAUUAGUUCAACUUAUAACAGGAAUUCCGCCAAAAUUCGUCAAUACGAUUCGGACGUAAGCCCACGACCUCGACGAACUUACCAGGGUGACUCGUCGUCGUCGCGUUACUAUAACAAGAAUAGUGACACUUUGGGACAGGGCCCCAAAUCAGUUGGUACAAGCGGUAACGGCACUCUAAGUGGUGCUGGUAUCGGACGUGCUAUCAUAGGUAACGAAGGUAACGGCGGACGCGGCUCAUACAACGCCGACGGAAGCAACAACAGACGUUAUAACAAUCAAAGUUCGUCAGAUGGCGGCUACAAUAGUGCUAAUCGUAAUAUAAAUUCAACCGGUGGCGGAGGCAACAGCUAUCGCCAGCAGCAGGGCAACCGUUACGAGAACAGCAAUGGGCAACAGCGGUCUUAUGGCAAUUCCUCAAAUGCCAAUUACAAUAGUAAUUAUUCAAAUAAGCAAGGCUAUGGAUCACGUUCUGGCUACAAUGAUGGAAAUGUAAAUGCGCGAUCAAAUCACCGUGAAGACUACGGUAGCAACAACUAUCGAGAGUACGACGACACACCACGUUCACGUUAUAAUACCGGAAACAACAGCAAUUCUAAUAGUCUUGAACGGGGCAACAACGGGCGAUACAAGCCCUCUGAACAGGGUAACGGCAACGGUCAUAUUCCGUCUGCCUUAAGACAGGGUGGUAUUUCAAUAGAGGAUCGUUACGACCGUGCUUCUAAUUCGGCUGAUGUUGGUCGAGCUUAUAGCAAUCGCACUCCACCGAUUCGCGGCGGAAAUGUUUCUGGCAGCGGCUCAGUACCAGGUGCACACUCUUCAACACCAACUUCGAUAAAUUCAGCGUCAUCGUCGUCACGUGGCAUAUCACCCAACUCAGCUGGUGCCACAGCCGGAACACAACACCCUUCACCAUCACCCACGCCACCGCCCCCAUCUGCAGGUCGCUGGGUGCCACCAUCUUUGCGUCCACAACAUGGACUUAGUCAGACCGAAAAGAACGAUGCUGUCUUCAGAAAGGUCCGCGGUAUAUUGAAUAAAUUAACUCCAGAGAAAUUUCAAGAACUCAGCGAUGAAUUAUUGAAACUCGACUUAAACUCCAUUCUCAUUUUAAAUGGUGUGAUUUUGUUGAUUUUUGAUAAAGCUCUAGAUGAGCCGAAAUAUUCGUCUAUGUAUGCACAAUUAUGCAAACGCCUCUCCGAAGAAGCUCCAUCUUUUGAAAAAGACCCCAACAGUUCAUGUACCUUUUUAAGGCUGCUAAUCGCUGUUUGUCGUGACAAAUUUAAUAAUCGCCUCAAACGUGACAACGCCGACGGUGACAACAAUAAUCAAUUUAACAAAGUACAUCGACCAGAGUCACAAGCAAAUCUUGGCGAAAAUGACACCGAUGAAGAAGAGCGGCGUCACCUGGCCAAACAGCGCAUGCUGGGUAAUGUUAAAUUCAUUGGUGAACUCCACAAAUUGGAUAUGUUGUCAACAAAUGUCCUACAUCAGUGCAUCAUGGAAUUGCUGGACAAGAAGAAGAAGCGUUCAGCCUCACAGCAGGAAAUGUGCGAGGACAUGGAGUGCUUGGCACAGCUGCUCAAGACGUGCGGGAAGGUCCUGGAUUCAGAACAGGGCAAAGAGCUGAUGAAUCAAUAUUUCGAUACCUUGGAACGCCGAUCAAAAUCGACUGACUAUCCGCCUAGGAUACGCUUCAUGUUGAAGGAUGUCAUCGAGCUGCGUGAAAACAACUGGAUACCCCGUAAAGUGGCGACCACUGAGGGACCCGUGCCUAUUAAGCAGAUCCGCACCGACGAUGAUACAAUUAUUCGUACACCGUUCGCACAAAGGAAUCGCGAUAUGCGCAAUAAUGAUCGCGACGGUGAUAGCUGGAUGAAUCGUUUCCAUAUAAAUCUGCAACCAGGCUUUAAUGACAUGUUUAGUAGUUUAAGCGUAACUGGUGCUUCGCCGAUUGUUUCACCAUUUGUUGGUAAUAACUCCAAUCGCCCUUAUAAUGGACGUGAGCGCAAUCAAGGUGGACGUGAUGGCAACAAUUACAAUAACCGUUAUAAUAAACAUAAUAACCAAAAUGGUGGAUCCGGUGGAAAUCGUGAGGACGGACGAGGUGGCCGCAAUGGGCACAUGGGGCGAGAUGGUGACUCCUCUGGCCCAUCACAUUAUGGCAACGGCGGUGCAAACUCGCUGCUGAACAGCAAAGAACUUGCACCACGCUUCAAACGUAAUUUGAUGUCGACCAAUCAGGAUCCUGUAGAAAAUCUGCAAAUGCGUCCUGCUGCCAAUUCGCUUCUUUUCAAAGCUGCGUCACAAAAUCAUAAACUGCCAGCUAUGUUGCCAAUUUCGACACCGCCCACAGGUAGCAGUGGCUUCGGCAAUAACAGCUCCAGCCGCAGCGGUGCUCCCAGCAAGGAUCAACUGUCCAACACACAAUAUCCGUUACUUGGCACUCCUACCUCGCACCUAAUAAACCCCGCACGCCCCUCGUCGACUCCAUCUGCCGAAUAUGAGAGCGAAAAGCAUGUUCAAACCGCCAGCUUGGGCUUAACUUUAGAGCGAGGUCUAAAAGCUACUUCUUCCUCACCAAACUUCGGCGCAGCGAAUAAUGCUAACAGUGAAAAAGUAAAACCUACCGACAAUAAUACAGAUUACCCCAAUAUGUCGGAUACUGCUUAUAAAAAACGUAGCUCCACACCGGUAGAUCCACAACAGUUGGUCACCAAACAAGGUUCCGUGGAGAAGAUUGCUGGCGUCGGUGCGAAUAAACAGAAGAAAGAUAAAGCUUUCAAUAAAGAAGAAGUGUUGAAGAAAACCACAAUUUAUGUUAAAGACAAUUUCUUCUACGAUUCCGAUGACGAUGAGGAUACAACUAUCACUGACUCCCCAGCUAACGAUCAAGAAGGAGAUCACAAUGAUAGCGGCGUUGCUAGUUCGAAUGCCAGCGACAGCAUCCAAGGCAAGCAAUUUACUAAUCUAGUAGAUGGAUUUUUGGAUCUCAAAGUGCCUGAGAAAUGUAUGAAGGAUGUCUGCAUUAAUAUCAUAAUGGAUGUGCUGGAAAAAGCCGAAGACAAGUAUUUGAAUCGUGUAAUCAUAUUCAUGCAAGCCUUACGUAAGCAAUGCAAUAUCAAGCCCAAUAUCAUAUUGGAAGUUUUCAAGCAAGUUAUUAACAAAAUGAACGAACGUGAAGCUUUAAAUCCGCGCAUUGCCACACAUGUUGCUGGCCUGUUGAGCCGCGCCGUUGGCGAUGCUGGUCUACUCAAAUUGACCGAUAUUGCCAACUACACAGACAACGGUCAACAUUAUCCGCUAUUUCUGCUCGUGCUGCAGCAACUGCACAAGUCCAUUGGCAAGGAACCGCUGGCUGAGAAAUUCCGUGAAAGUAAAAUCGACUUAAUGAACAGCCUACCGGAAGUGGAUCGCAAUAAGACGCGUUUAGGCGAAAUAUUGGACGAUCGCAACUUGGCUUUCCUCUAUCCAUUACUAAAAGUACAGGCAGAGAUGUAUAAGCAACUCACAAGCGAUCCAAAUCCCGCAGCAUUCUAUAAAUGGAUCAAAGUCAAUGUAGAUUCCAAAUUCUAUAAAGAUGUCGGUUUUAUUAACGCCCUCAUGACAGUUAUAGUAAAAUAUAUAACACAAGAGACAACUCUAGCAGAAGGUACCGACACCAAAAAACAUCCAGAUCGUGCCACCAUUGAGAAAGAGGAAUCGUUGCUGCUCAAAUAUUGCCAAAUUCUGCAAACAUUCCUGGGUGGCAGCAACGAACUGCAAUUGAUUGCUAUUUAUGCACUACAAGUGUUUUGCUAUAACGAAAAUUUCCCCAAAGGUAUGCUUUGCCGCUGGUUCAAAUAUCUCUAUGAAGCCGAAGUAAUCGAAGAGGAGACAUUUAUUUUAUGGAAGGAGGAAAUUUCAGACAAAUACCCUGGCAAGGGAACUGCAUUAUUCCAAGUUAACAACUGGCUGACUUGGUUGCAAGAGGCCGAAUCUGAGGAUGACGAUGACUGAAUUUAGCAAAUCCAUUAACGCAAUAAAUAAAAACAAAAUAUAUUUAAACACAAAUUAUUAACAUAUUAAACUGAUAGAUAACAAAGUAACAAAAAUCAAAAAAAAAAAAAAUAAUUAAAACAAAAAACUUUCGAAAUGAAUAAUGCGUUGAAUCGUUCGUUAGCACAUUCUGAAAAUUAACACUCCAAAUUAAAAUUUAAAAAAGAAUGCUGCAUGAAGGCAAAGAUAAACACAUGCACGCUAGUUUCAACAAAAAAAAAAUAAAAAUGAGAAUUAGAAUUAUAAAAAAUAUUUAUAAAACAUGAACAAAUUAAGCAAACAUAAAAGCGACAAAAGAUCAGACUUCAUAAACUGGGGACAAUUGCGACGAAAUGAAUGAUAAUUUUGAAAGUAAACUUAAUACACUUAUUGUAAUGUACUCCAGUUCUAUAUUUAUUCUCUCUCGAUAAUGCAACAUUACAUUGUGUGAAAGAAAACAAAGAAACAAUUUUAGAUAAUUACCAUUCAAACUAAUUUUCUUAAACUCGACCUUCAACGCUCAGUAAUUUUUUAGCAAAUUUAUUUCAAUACAAAACUCUGAAUACUACGACUUUAUUUCUUAAUUUAAAAUGAAUAAACAAACAAAAACAAAAUAUUUAACAAAAAACACAUUUUACUAAAUAGUUUAAAUUCGUUAAUAACUAAAUGCUUUUGAUGAGUAUGAAAAUUGGAAAGCAGUGGUUGGCAUAGCGCAAAUAAUGUGUCUACAAACAAAAACUAGCAAUAAAAUGUAAUAAAUAAAUGAAAAUAAAUCAUAAACUGCUGCCACUACACUUCCCUUUGUGAUCUAUUUCUAAAUACUUGAAAUAUGUCCGCAUACCGGCUCGGGACAUUUUUGUGAAAUUUUUGCCAAAUUAGCGUUAAACUUUGUGAUAAAUAUCGCAGAAAAAUGGCCAGUGCAAAUCGAAACAUUUGCAGAAAACACGAAUGUCCAACUGUUACUGAAGAGGAUUAUGCAAAACAAACAAUAUAUUAUCCAAUUUGAACUUUAAGAAGAAAAAAGUCGAAAUAAAGCGAAAUAACAGCUGCCGCAACGAA